GUGAUGAGUCGGAGGUGGAGAUCUGCGUGACGGUUGUCGGAGAGACGGACCACCGGAGGUACUUCCUGAAACAGUAUGACAGCCACAAGGCCAUGGCCGAGGUAGGUCAUAGCCAUGGGCGCCCGCAGGGAGGGGGUGGUAAGGGGGGAAUUUGCCCCCCCCCCCACGAUUGAUUGGAUAAAAAAUUUUUAGACAAAAAUAGACAAAAAAUGUAUUAAAGUAAAGAGAAAAUAAAGAGAACGUAACUAAGCUGAUGUCCUGUCCGUUCGUUCACCAUACAAAUACGCUACAGUAAAUUAAAACUAAAUUAAAACAUUACUAAAAAAAUUCCCCCCCCCCCCUAGAAAGUUAAUCGAUUUUUUUUCCCGCCCCCCUAGAAAGUUUUCUGCAUGGUCACAGCAAACAUUUUCUUAAGAAGCAGUUUUGCACCAAGUGUUUAUUUAUAUUAUCGUUCGAUUUUUGACUGUUAAAUAGCUUUUGUUUUAUUUAUAGGGCUUUGGUUGUUGGAGGGGGGGGGGGUUAGUUAAGGUACCAUCAUGCUGUUAAAUUCAUUUCAAACUCUAAUUUCAUCACUAAAAUUUAGUUAGAAAAAGAAAGAUUAUUAUGCAAAAUGAAAAAAUCAAUGAUACAAUAAAAAUAAGUUAACAAAUUAAUUAAUACCAGCUAAUCAAUAUGGCAGGUAAAUAACUAAAGCUAGAGAACCAUUCUCUAAGAGAAAUAAGUGACAAAAGCAACAAUGAGGCAGAAAUCAUAGUCAGUUAUGUAUUUAAGACUUCUUUUAAACAUCUGUUUUGCCUAAGCCUGAAUGUCUUUAACCUUAAUCAAUUAUAAACACAUGUGGGCUCUUGUGCAAACAUUUAUUGAAAUACGAUCAUCUCGUAGGCUGUGACCAAGACACCGUUCCUUGGAGCGUGCCAGAGUUCCCAAAGAUCUCUCAUCAAAGCACAAGAGGUGGUCAGUUCAACGACACGGCGUUCCGAUGCAGAUCAGUUGGCCAUCGUCAUGAGUGGGGGAGUUGCCUAUGAUGUCGACCAGGCGGUGGAGGAGGCGGACAAGCUCAAACAGCUCGGAGCGAGAGUGAUGGUCAUCGGUGUGAGGAGCCUGAACCAGAGAUUUUUGGAGAUGAUCGCGUCUGACCCUGAUGACGUUUACAUCGUCACAGACUACGGAGAGGCAAUGACCAGUCUGACUGUUAAAAUAAAAACUAAAAUAUGCAUCAUCGGUAAUAACGACUGGCGUACUUCAUAGAAAUUGAAGUACGAAUGUUUUUGACUUAUAAAAAUAUUUUUGUAACUAAGGUUUUUAAGUACCCAGCCUUGUCUAUUAAAUUAAUAAAUGGAUAAUAAUAUCGUACACACGACUGCAUUGUUGUCAAAUGCAAUGUUAAACAAAAGAUGUCGAAAUGGUUUUACCUUCAUACGAAAAAUCAAAAUGUAACUACUUGUAUUAACAUAGGCACAAUUGCUAAGUCGUAGGUUCAAUAAAUUUAUAAAUAUUAAUAUAUAUAUAUAUAUAUAUAUAUAUAUAUAUAUAAUAUAUACAUAUAUAUAUAUAUAUAUAUAUUAUCAAAUUCUACAUCUGAGUCGAGACAGUUAGUCACUUAGCUCAGUAGAGUUCCGCUUACCAGAAACAAAUGUGUAUUAUUGAUAUAUACCCAUACACGCUUGGAAAGUUAAAGAGAAGUUGCUUAAAAAUUGAAUAAGGUAAUCCAUGCAAUGAAAAAACUAAAUAGAAUUAGGAUAUGGCCAAUUCUUCAGUUUCAGUGAUGUUGCUCUUUUACCGUGCUAAGCGGGUGAAUAAUCAGUCAUUAGAUCUGUUUUUCCUGACUUUCUUCGUAAAGUGUUAAAAAAUGUCUUUCCUUCCGCAUUCGUUUUGUAAGCAGGUCUUCAUGAAACAUUCUCAAUAGUUUCUUUGAUUUACCCACUUCACUUAUUUAAUUAAAGGUCACAUAUUUUCCCGAAUCACACUCUUCUUUUAUUAAAUACACCACUUUCUCUUAUCUCACAGCUCCAGCGUUUAAAUCGACUGCAAACGUCCUUUUUGUCAUCGACUCAUCUGGAAGUAUCGGCACAGCAAAUUACGCCAAAGAGCUCGACUUCGUCGUCAAGGUGACGUCCAUGUUUAACGUUGCGGUCAACGCAGUGAACUUCAGCGCCAUCACGUAUUCCAAUUCCAUCAUCCCCCUUUUCGGGUUUGACGUGGCUACACACCAGGAGAUAAGACGUGUUUGUAUAAUCAAUUAAAUUAUUUCGCUUUCAGAAAUUAAUGAGAUUCAUAGUAAAUUAUUCCGUACUAGAUAGAUCCCGCCAAACAUUGGCGGUGUGAACUUCCCAUCUAUUAAAGUUACUUGACAAAACAUGAACGCACAUUUAAGAAUCCCAAUAUUUGGUGCACAGUUCCCUCAUGAUACGUCACUUCACACUUUUUAUUCAACGCCCAUGAACUAUAUUAAUAUUCUCCUGUCCCAACCACUUUUAAACCGAAUAUUUUUUACAUAAUACCUAAAUUGAGACGAUUUCAUUUCCUUAAAGAAAAUAUUACGCACCAAACGCAAUUGCGUUAUUUAAAAAAUAUAUAUAACAUAUAGCGUAGUUAUCGGGAAUUAUAUUUUGCGCGCUAGUGAACUCAUUAUUGAACCACACUCUGGCGUAGCUAUAUAUAGCCUGCGUGGUGGUGGUGGUGUUUGACCUUUGCUGGCGAAUUAUAUAUAUAGAUGUAACAUUGUCACUAACGCUACCAGAUGGCGUUGAUUUCACUAAAUAAAAUUCCUGCGCUAAAUUGGAUUCUUUAAAAUAUUGCAAUUGCGUUUGGUGCGUAAUAUUUUCAUUUGCUUUACGGAAAUAAUUGGUGUAAUAAAUACGUGGUGUAAAAAUGGUUGGGGCAUUGUAAUGUUAAUAGAAUUCAGAUGGGGGGACCACGGGCGUACAGGAGGGGGGGGAUACCACUAUUUGGGAAUCAUUCAAAGUACUUUACUUGAAUGCAUGUUAUUUAAAGUAACUUGAGUUGAUUCAAAAUUCACGAAUUUCAACCGCCAUUAUUUUGCAGGCUAUAGCUAUUGUUUAUAUUAGUGCAUAAAUGAACUUCUAGAUGAUGUUAGUUCGCAUCAAAAGUCUACUUCGGUGUAUUUAAUGAAAUGUGCUUGCUUAUUUCUUUAGCAUAAAAUGUUUGUGUUUCUUCCUGGUUUAUUUCUUUUGAAAUCUAUCAAAAAUAUCUAAUAAGAACUUUGGAUAUUUAAAUUAUGGCAGUCAAUUAGAAAAUUAGCAUAUUUUCUUCCUUCAAGUGGUUUAUAAGGAAAAUAUUAAAAUCCAGGCUACACUCAACGCUGUCUAUCAAGCUGGUGGCACACCCACUGCUAUGGCUCUGCGCAGGGCAGGAGACAUCUUAACGUCAUAUUCCCAGGUGUACCGUCGUGAUUCCAAAAAAAUCGCCAUCGUUAUCACCGAUGGAGCGUCAGACGACCCUAGGGCAACCUGUGAAGAGGCGCAGCGACUUCAAGACAUCGGGAUAUUCGUCAUAGCCAUCGGCGUAGCUGGGGCUAAACGGGAAGAGCUAGAGAUUAUCGCCACCAGUGUUGAGGAUGUACAUGAUGUGGAUAGUUUUGAUGCACUAGUUACAAUCAAGAAGAACAUUGGCAAAAACACCAAGGAACUAGGUAAAAUAAUUUUUUAUUUUUUUUUUGAAAAUCAAAAGAUUCUGUAUAUCUAUUCAAAACUGCAAUUUUAAGAAACUCUAAAUGAUACUGACUUGAUAUCAAUUAGAAAAAUGUACGAAUGGCGCAAGGAAGUCCCAUGGUUGAAAGGCGUUUACUCAAAUAUUUUUUAGCUUAUUGCGCUAAUCGAUAUUUUUUAGUUGGCUUGUGGGGGAUUGACUAUGUGUGGAGCGGGAGGUGUGAGUUUGGAAGUGCUUUUGAUUGUAAAUGGUCGGAAACAAUGUGGUUGUUGGGGGGGGGGAGGGCAGAGUGUAAGAAUGCGUAACAAUUUAAUUCUGCUAAAUUUAAAGUGUCUGCUUAAUCAUAUUUUAUAAUCUCUACGUUGUGUGUCUGUUACAAUGAAAUGAUGAAGUUUUGAACACGAAUCCCUAAAGUUUCACUAUCGUUUUACCAUUUGGAUAUUACAGAGAACGCUGUAAGGGCCUCAAGACAGCGUGUCAUGCCAGAAGUUCCAACUGUGUUUUCCGUCUUAAGCAAAGUUUGGCCAUUUAAGUAACACUUUACAUUACCAAGUCAAUUUCUAUGUUUCGAACGUUGGUUUUUUUGUGUGUGGAUUCAGCAGGCUUGUUAAAGAUAGAAUCAGCCCCCAUAUAUUAAAUGCAUAGUUAUGUUUUAUUGCACACAAAUGUUUUUAUUUUUAAAAUAACCUGAAUAUAGAGAAGAUAUUAAGGUCUCUUGGGCUGAGAAAUAAAAAUAGUUAUUAGUUUUAGAACUCUCUUAAUUAAACUUUUAAACAUUAUAGACUACUUAG